GGAUACUCGCUUCCUCGUUCAAUUUUAUACUUAGUCGUCGCAGCUUUUUCACCUUCUCGGUUCGUCUUCUUCGUGGUCCCGCGGAAGUGACCCUCCUAUUUCCGCAACAAUGGGACGACAACGCGUGAUUGUACCGUGUCUCUUGUUGAAUCUUCUCCUAGUCGUUUCACUAAUUAACUUGACCAACGCCGGACACGGAGGACACAAGCACGUGAUAAUUCACGUGCCGUACUAUAUCAAGAAAAUCCAGCACACACACACAAUCACGAAACACAUACACCACGGCGGCGGUGGCGGCGAUAAGUACGAAGUACUCGGAUACACCGUGGGUCACCCGAUCGACCUCGGAGGUCACGGAGGUCACGGCGGCGGAGGACACGAUUUCGGCGGCGGCGGACACGAUUUUGGCGGAGGUGGCGGCGGCGGACACGAUUUCGGCGGAGGUGGCGGCGGACACGAUUUCGGCGGAGGCGGCGGCGGACACGAUUUCGGCGGAGGUGGCGGCGGACACGAUUUCGGCGGAGGUGGCGCAGCACUCAGUUUCGGAGGAGGUGGCGGAGGACACGAUUUCGGCGGGGGUGGCCACGACUUCGGAGGCGGUGGCGAAGGUGAAGGUCACGAGGGUUGGUCAAGUCGUUAGGACGGUUCUUUCUGCAUUAUUGUUACUUUUGGAGAAAACCACCCAGACAGCACCAAAAUUGGAGCAUGAAACAUCUUUAAGAUGUUUUUGACAUGUGUUUUGGAUACGAUAAGAUUUCUUAAAGAUGUUUUAUGUGCCAAUUUUGAACACGGUGCUGUCUGGGUAAAAUUGUCUUUGAGGUAAUCCUUUGAGGUGUACAUCCCCUUAUGUAUCCCCGUUAUCCCGCUGAUAAUAGUGAUACUCUAUUCGUAUAUCGGUUAUGUACUCUUUUUUGUCUAAAUAUUUUAUUUUAUAUUUAUGGCUUUAAAGAAAGCUUCAAAUGUUUUUCUCUUUUAUGUCUCUAGUCUGACAACGUUUAAUCUUCGACAUGUUCUUUCAGCACAAUGUGUUGUACAUAUUGUUAUUUUUGU